UUGAAAUCUUAAGAAUCAAUUAUUGUUAUGUUUUGUGAUUUAUAUGUACAAAGUUAUAUCUCAAACAGUAUCAUCAAACAAUUGUAGCAGAGGGAUGAUUGUGAGUAUGUCCAGUUGUUAUUUAAUGACUCAAUGAGUGAAGGAGGAGAGGGAGAAACACCUGACUAUAGAUGUGGGUGGCUGACAUUCAAACCCGAUUGGCUGCAGAAAUUCAACACAACUGCAUGGGCUUUGGCCAUUAUUUCAUCCGCAGCAUUUUUACAAGGUGUAAUUGUAAAUGGGAUUUUACACUUGAUGAUUCCAACAAUUGAACACGGAUUUAACCUGCGAUCGUUUAAAUCUGGCUUGGUUUCUGGGGGCUAUGAUAUAGCUUCACUGUUAUGUUUGAUUCCCGUCACCUACCUGGGGGGACGACAUCACGCCUCCAAGCCGAAAUGGAUUGGAUUAGGAGUCUUCAUUAUGGGGAUUGGAGCUUUAGUGUUUUCAUCACCAUACUUCCUGACAAAAAAUACUCACAUGGCGUACUUUCAAGAUUCGUCUGGAAUUUGUACUGAUAACGAAAAUACGAGUCAUAAGAACUGCGAUCAUAGUGACGGGACCCAUUUGUCCUCCUUCAUGUGGAUAUUUUUUAUCGGAAAUCUUCUCCAUGGUGCCGGAGCUAGCCCCCUCUUUACUUUAGGGGUAACUUUUUUGGACGAAUCAGUCGUGAAAAAGAAAACUGGAAUAACUAUAGGUGUAUAUUAUACUGCAGCAACCUUUGGGAUUGCCGUAGGUUAUGUGGUCGGAGGUUACUUCUUGCAGUUACCAGAAGACUUUUUGUCAGUCUCUGAAAAUGUGUUUUUAACUCCAGCAAGUAAAACAUGGGUUGGUGCUUGGUGGCUGGGAUUUGUAAUAUUUGGAUUCGCCAGUAUAAUCCUAUCCGUCCCUAUUUUAGCUCUGCCCGCACGAAUGCCAGGAUGGGAAGAAGCAAUACAAUCAAAACUAUCAGAGUGUGUCGUAGGAAGAGAAAGGAAUGUGACGUACAGUAAACUGAAAGAGUUGCCUAAAGCUUUGAGUGAACUGAUGAGAAAUACAAGUUUGAUCCUGCUGAACUUUGCUGGCUGUUGCGAGGGCCUCAUAGUCGCCGGUUCUGGAGCUUUUGUUCCAAAAAUUAUUCAAAGCCAAUUCAACUUAUCAUCUAAAUCAACUGCUAUGAUUAUGGGUAUCAUUACAGUACCAAGUGCCAUUCUCGGAUGUAUGGUUGGAGGUGGGAUACUGAAGAAGUUUGACCUGAGGUUCAUCGGAACACUGAGGCUGUGUAUUGGUACUUGUAGUUUGUCGAUGCUGUGCGCCUUUUGUUUUCUCAUCUACUGCGCGGACGAAAAGAUGGUCGGAGUCAAUAUGCCCUACUACGCUGAUAGGAAAGUGAUACAGCUAUCAGACCCCUGUAAUGAGAAGUGUGGAUGCUCGGGGAAGGAGUUCAUGCCGAUCUGUGGGAUCAACAAUUUCACAUACUUCUCACCUUGUCAUGCUGGCUGCCACGGCUCCCAGACUGCAGGAGACAUUACUCUCUACUCUAACUGCAGCUGUAUAGAGGAGGCUGGGGACAAUGGUGUACAGGCUACUACACAGGUGUGCAAGUCUACUUGUCCUUUGUUGCCGCUAUUCCUCAUCCUCAUGUAUCUCUCUCUGUUCUUUACCUUCACUGCUGCCAUGCCUGCGCUCACCGCCACAUUGAGAUGUGUCAAAUCGGACCAGAGGUCCCUAGCGCUAGGGAUUCAGUGGAUGCUGGUGCGGAUGCUGGGUAUGAUCCCGGGACCUCUACUGUUUGGGAUCAUCAUCGACGGCACCUGUCUGUACUGGCACGCAGGAGCUUGCAGUGAGGGAGAGGGCUCAUGCAUCCUCUACGACCACUACUUGAUCAGCAGAUCCAUGGUUUUGAUGGGCUGCGGAUGGAAGAGCUUGGAAAUAAUUUUGUUUGCCCUUUCAAUAUAUUUUUAUAAGAAAGAUAUUCAGACUUCAACCUCUAGAAGUUGA